AUGACGUCGUUCGUCGAAGGGUUGACCAGCCCUGAAAUGGAAAUUGCUGAGGGCGGAGUCAUCUUGGAUAAUAGGACACGAUUCGCUGACCUAAAAGCCAUGCUGGAUAGUAAUAAAGAUAACCUAAAAGUUGAUGCAAUGAAACGAAUAAUUAACCUGAUAGCGAAAGGAAAAGAUGUCAGUGAACUAUUUGCUGCAGUUGUGAAGAACGUAGCAGCAAAAAAUGUGGAGCUGAAAAAGUUGGUAUUUGUUUAUCUUGUACGAUAUGCCGAAGAACAACAAGAUCUUGCACUUCUCUCGAUAUCAACUUUCCAACGGGCUCUCAAAGAUCCGAAUCAACUGAUUCGUGGAAGUGCUCUCCGAGUUUUAACAUCAAUCCGUGUUCCGAUGGUCGCACCAAUCAUGCUUUUAGCCAUCAAAGAUGCAGUACGUGAUAUGAGUCCAUACGUGAGGAAAGUUGCUGCACAUGCCAUACCAAAACUAUACUCACUGGAACCUGAACUCGAACCUCAGCUUGUCGAUUGCAUAGAUUUUCUUCUCGCUGAUCGAAGAAGUUUAGUACUCGGUAGUGCUGUUUACGCAUUUGAUGAGAUCUGUCCACACCGACUCGAUCUUCUUCAUAAACACUUCAGAGCAUUAUGUCGUGGUUUGGCAGAUGUCGACGAAUGGGGUCAAAUUGUGAUGAUCAACAUGUUGACUAGAUAUGCAAGACAUGAAUUGGCGGAUCCAGAUAGAGGACCACCCGAUACGGAUGUUGUACUUCUUCUCAACUCAGCUCGUCCUCUACUUCAAUCAAGAAAUUGUUCAGUUGUCAUGGCAGUCGUACAAUUAUUUUAUCAUGUUGCGCCGAAAGCUCAACUCUCUCAGAUCGCCCGUGCACUUGUCCGACUUCUACGUGGUCCACGGGAGACCCAAUACGUAGUUCUCACCAACAUUGCAACAAUAUGCGAACGAAAUCCGGUAGAGGAAGGAACUUACGCCAUCUCAAAAACGAUGUUCGACCCGUUCCUAAAAUCAUUCUUCGUACGAUCCUGUGACAGUUCUCUCGUUAAGAAACUAAAACUUCAUGUGCUCACAAGUUUGGUUUCAGAAGCGAAUGUUCAUAUCAUUUUGAGAGAGUUACAGACCUAUGUUCAUAUGUCUGAUUUAGCUUCUCCAGCUGUUGAGGCAAUUGGAAGAUGUGCAGUUCGCGUCGGAGCAGUAUCAGAUCAAUGUAUGACUGGACUUGUCCAAUUGAUUUCUUCUUCCGAUGAGAAAGUCGUAUGCUCUGCUGUAGUUGUCAUCAAGAGACUUUUGCAUGCUUCUGCCCCUCUGAAUCUUCUUUCAAGGCUUAUGAGGCUCAUGCCGAAUAUGAUUGCAGCACAAGCGCGAGCUUGUGUCAUUUGGCUCGUCGCCACCCAUGUCGAACAAGUUCUACACAUGGCUCCAGACUUUUUGAGGCUUAUUGCAAAGAAAUUUUCGACGGAAAAUGAGCUGGUUAAACUAGAAGCUCUGAAACUUGCAGUGAAGUUGUGGCUUGUGAAGCGUGAUGACUCUGAAAAGAUUGUACAAUACGUAUUCCAACUUGCCCGAUUCGAUCUCAGUUAUGACGUUCGUGAUCGAUGCCGAUUUUUACGGAAUCUAAUGUUCAAUACGGAGAUUCUUUCACAGCAUAUGGAAGAGAUUUUCAUGUCGAAAAAGCCAGCACCAGAGCUUAUUAGUAGUUUCAAGGAACGUGAUAAAUUCCAAUUGGGAUCUCUGUCACAUGUGUUGAAUCAAAGAUGUACGAAAUACAUUGAUCUACCCGAAUUCCCAGCAACAUCAAGUGAUUCGUUAUUAAGAAAAGAAGCACAUGCACCGAAUGAAUUGAAAUUGGAUGAUAGUGACGAAGAAGAAGAUGAUGAUGAUGAAGAUGAAGAAGAAGACGAAGAUGAAGAAGAGGAGGAUGAAGAUGAAGAAGAUGAGGAAGAGGAAGAAAAUGAAUCAGAAGAAGAAGAGGAAGAUGAUGAGGAUGAAGAAAGUGAAGAGGAAUCUGAUGAAGAAGAUGAAGAGGAGGAAGAAGAGGAUGAUAGUGAGCCAGAGGAGAAGCCUAACCCAAAACCAUCUACUAAGAAACAAGCACUCAUUCUCAAUAAAUCAAAACCAAUGAAUGGUAAGCCAAAAACAGAAAGAAAUGAUCUCGAUUUGCUGAUUGACGUUGAUUUCUCGGCCGCGGGAAGUCGUCAAAUAAUGGAUGCAACUCAUAUCGAAGAAAAAGAAAUUGAACUUUUGAAUGUAAUUGAAGGAAACGGGCUAAUAUUAUCAAUUAGUUAUCCGCGUAUUAAUGAUGGACAAUACACGGCUAUUCGAUUUGGAAUCACAAACAAAACCGAUGGAGAUUUGUUAGGAGUUGAAUUAAAAACUGAAGAAGGUCUCGAUGUGAAGGGAAACUCGAUUAUUGGAGAUAUUCCGUCUGGAGCACGAGUUUCUGUUGAUUUGCUCGUAGAUUUUGGAGAUAGUGCGACAAGUAGAGAAUGGAUACUUACAAGAGAUGAUGGUCAUGAGAAGCAUUUCAGAUUUGAGGUCCCAUAUGGUGAGCAAGUUCAACCAAUUCGUCUGUCUCCAGAAGAUAUUUCAAAAGAAAGAAGUCGUCUUGGAGGUCUCAAUCGGCAUGUGAUACAACUCGAAAAUCCCAUUAAUCCUUCGUCAAUUGCUCUAUUUGUUAACGCAUUUUCUUCGGAUUUGACCAUUUUCACUUGCCAGACACGUUCACGAAAGGAUGUUUGUAUUCUGACAGUUUCAGAAAAAUCGAUUGAGUGCUGUUGUGACAACUCGGUGAUAGGACGAAUGCUGGCGUUCUCUGUCUCCAAAAAUUGCUAGAAAGAUUAAUUCAAAUUGUAUUUAUUUAUUUAUUUUGCUCACUUUUUCUUGAAAUCAUUCCUUUACUAACUAUUCAUGGUGACGGAUAUAUAAAUUUUUAACAGAAA